CCCCACAAUACAUUGCGCGCUUUUCCCGCCUCCCACCCCGCGAGGCGACGAAAGGGCCAGGAGGGCGCGCGACUCUCGUCGUCUCUUCUCACCUCGUUAACUGGCCGCCGCCACCACCACCUCGUCGUCGUCGGCCACCGUCACUCCUCCGCCAGCCAGAAGCGAAGCGGUGCCGCUGCGUCGCGGUGGGCUCGGGCGACGGCUUCUGCUGUGAGAGGCUUUCAAAAAACCAGGAAUGGGGGAGGCAGAUCCAGGAAAGCUCUUUGUUGGAGGCCUGAACAUUGACACCACCGAGAAGGCUUUGGAAGCGACCUUCUCCAAAUAUGGAAGAGUUGCAGACGUUCUGCUGAUGAAGGACCGCGAGACGAAUUUGUCUCGGGGGUUUGCAUUCGUCACCUUCGCCAACCCGGAAGAUGCCAAGGAAGCUGAGAGAGACGCCAAUGGAAAGGUGCUGGAAGGGCGCGCGAUGCGAGUGGACCAGGCCACCAAGCCAUCGUUUGAGAGCUUCCCGGGCGGAGGCCGCUACGGCUUCUCCCGCGGGCCCCCCAGAGGUGGCUCCACCAGAGGGCCCCCCAUGAAGCGUGGACCCCUGGAUCGGGGGGACGGGCCUCCUGCCAAACGGCCGAUGACCAUGGCUGGUGGACCUCCCCGUGGUGGCGGCCGCGGAGGCUUCAGAGGGCCGGGCCCACGCGACAUGGAUGGCUACGGUGGGCCUCCGCGCAGAGAGAUGAUGCCGCGGCGAGAUGACUACGUGCCCAGGGAUGAAUACUACAGUAGCAAAGACAACUACGCACGCCGAGACUACGGGGGCUCGCGUGACGGGCGAGACUACCCCCCGCCCCCUCCCAAGGAGUACCGCCCGCCCCCGGGCCGCGACGACUACCACGGGCCCAGCUCGCGCGCGUACGGGUACGACCCAGGCUCCCUCCGCACUUCCCGCUCGCCAGGGCCUGCAUCCAGGGAGCGAGACAUCUACGGCAGCGGUGGCCGAGACCACAUGCGCGAAUAUCCUGGCGAGCGGCCAGGCGCUGGCUCCUACCGCGACGGCUAUGCGGGUUACGGAAGCUCGCGGGGAGGCCCGCCUCCCUCUUACGGGGGCGGCAGUGGCGGGGGCGGCCGAUACGACGAUUACGGCCCUAGCUCGCGUGACCCCUAUGCGCCCGGGAGCACCCGCGAAUACCCUGGCGGGCGCGCCACCAACGACGGAUACGGCCUGGGUCGUAGCGGAGAUAGGAUGGGGCGCGCCGAGCGGGGACCCCCGCCUCCCCCCAUCGAAAGAAGCUAUGCCCCCCGCGACUCGUAUGGAAGCUCUUCCCGCGGCCCCCCACGCGAUUCGUUUGGCGGCGGUGGCGGCGUCCCGCCACCCCGAGAUUCUUAUGGUGCCUCAUCCGCGUACCGUGGAGCGCCUCGCGACGCGUACGGUGGAUCGGCCCGCGGCCCCCCCGCCGCGCGACGUGUACGCCGGCGCGCCCCCCCGUGACAUUUACUCCGGCUCCAGCCGAGGGCCCCCUAGAGUCUCCGAACACCGUGGGGAGGGCCGCAACCGAUACUGAUUUAAGAUUUUAGCGAGGAGUUGGCGCUCGCUGUCAGGUGUCGUGUUAGUAAUCCCACCAACGUCUGAACUUUUUGGCAACCAUCCGCUAUUUGUGCCGUCCCAGCACUCCCUACUGAUCCUACACUUUUCAGAGUUUUUACAGAGCCCCCUCGAUGUUAAGAAUGCAUUUGCCUCAGUUUGGUUUGGCCCUUUUAAAAUCGUGUACUUACUGUUUUUGAAGAAAAAAAAAAUCCAAUUUUGCAGCGUUUCCUCCUGUGAAACAUUUGGCAUAUUGAGAUACAGUUGACAUUGGGAGAUAUGAAACGGACAACUUUAAUUCAUAAUGCUAAUGACAGAAUUUGUUAUUUUAUUUUUUAAAGAUUGGAGCAGGCACACUCCCAAUCUAGACAUUUGUGACGAUCGUUGUUCGAAACUGCUUCAUUGAGAAUUUGUAUUUUGUUGGUUUCUUUUAAAAGCUCAAUAAAUAUGCUUAAAGCUAAGCUGUGAUUAUCGUGAAAAGUGAAUCAUGACAGUCUGGAAGCCUCAAGUCCCUUUCACCAUCCAACAAUCUGAAAUUGUGCUGAAAAAUCCUUGAAAUGGGCCCAGUCGGAUGCUGCAGUCUGUACCAUGGUACCGGGAUAUAAGCGUCCCACAACCGAGCUGGACCACCUGCAAAGUUGGCAUGAAAUGCACAACGUGAAAUUGACAGCUCCACCGAUUCAAUGCAGACAGUCUUGCAGGGUUUGCAUUGGUUAACUGUGAAGGGGGUUCAGUCUUCUAAGCAGUUCCCUGGAGUGAUUGUAACGACAAAAAUGAGGUGUGCAAACUAAAACGCUGAAACCCGAAAAUAAACCGCCUCGACAUUAAAAUUACCUGAAUCUGAUGAUAACAGAAGAACCCGUGAUUGAUUGAUAUGUAACAGGAUGGUCGAUAAUUUCAAAGAUGCUGAAGAGUCUAAUUUGUGUUGCGGAAAAUCAAACGUGUGAAAACCUCCGAUACGACAGCGGUGCCUCCGGACACCGAGCCGUGUCGUCUCAAGUGGAAUCUCUGCUGGGCAGCUUGUUUUUUGGGCACCUGAGUGGAGGGAAUUGCAAUAACAAUGUAGUCGGGGCUCCUCGCGCACGGUGAAGAUAACGCGACAUGAAGCGUCGCGUGAACAGGGGGCUCGAUGGGAAAGGGGACCGCGAUCCUCGCAACUCGAAGCUCCUGACAACAACGUUUCACAAAACGCCUCCCUUGUAAAGCACGUCGUUGACAUGAUAUUUAAUGCAGACUUAGCAAUUGCUGGCAGCUGAAAACCUGCACACCUAAACGUUUUUUUAUACAUUCACAUUUUUCUGGAGUGGCAUGUAGGCAAGUCCUGCUCAUCACAGCCGUACACUGACACCACUAAGCAUGUUAAAGUUAAUUUCUCAAUUGUAAUUUUCAAGACAAAAGAUUCCCAAAUUAAAAUCUAUCAAAACAAGGUAUUUAGAUGAAUGUCACAUUCUCACAAACAAUUUAUUUUUAACGGCAUUUGAUUACAUUUCUCAAUAUUCAAAGAAAAAGAAAUGACGGAAGUGUGAAAACGCUCAUUACAAACACAUUCUUGAGCGACUCAAAACCACCGAGUAUUGGAAUUCUGAACAACCUUUGAAAUAGGGAAACGACAACCUGGAAAGAGGCUCUAAUUGUGCACCUUGUGAUUUAUACGAAUGGAAUUCAUGAAAAAAACACAAUUGAAUGUUUUUCCAAUGAUAUCGCCGCACGAAGAUUUACUAGAGUGGUGCUUGGUGCAGCAGGCUGUGCAAGUUAGACACCUUUAAGACAAGUGGUCCAGCAUCUGAAAGCGCUGCCUGGCAUCACUGCAAACUUAGAGAUCCAUGUGUUGAAUAAUAUGAAAUAGAACACAAAUGUGCUCUGCAGUCAACAAGAGGCGGUGAGUUCCUAUAAAUGAGAAUUGAGAUGAUGCUCACCUGUUUUACAGCCCUGCAGAAUUAGUGGUGUAAAUUCCACGUUCAUAUGACGGGUCAUUCAAUCCUUAGGGGACAACCACUGUUGUCUUCCCCACAAAGUAAUACUGAUUUGAUCCUGGAGAGAUUAAGGGCCAAGUCAAUCUGCAACCAGGAACUCGCAAGCCUUCACGUUGGAAGCCACCCACUCUUCCUCUGAGCCACCUGGCUGCAAUAUGAAUGCAACUCAAGAGUGCACUUAGGUCAUGUCGAGCAAGAGCAAAAUAUCGCGCGUGUGUGUGUGCAAGGGUUCCAAGGAAAUGGUUUCUCUCUUGUCAGUCUACUCGCAUAGUUGUCCAUAGGCACCUGAUGCGUGCUGCAAUGCGCACUUGAUAUCGCUGAUGGCGUGUAGUCCUGUCUAAUUUAAGAAUGUGCCGGGAAACGUGACCCUCUGUCAUCGUGAUGGCAAUUGGCUACGGCAGGUGUAUGAUUGGUCCAAAAAGUCGAUUUUUUGCCACUGCUUCUCCCUUUGAAUCGAGCCUGAUGAGGGCUGCACAUGAAUAAGGUUCCGGUGCUGUAUUAUCGAUACAGCCAACCUCUUACUGCUAGCACCUUUAUAAUUAAUCCAGUCUAAAACUAAAAAUAUUAAAAUCAAUAAUCACAAAUAACUGCAUUAAAAACUAGCCAAUGAAUAAUAGCAAUUCACACAACUUAAAAAAAACCUAACCAAUAAAUAAUCAUUCACGCAACAUUCUCCUUGAACUACAGGUUGUAGUAUGGGAAGGCAGGCUGCUUGGCCUUUAGUCGUGAGUAUCUCUUUGAGAUGAGCUCCAAAUGUCCAUAACGCCAUUCUCUCACGCAGCACUAGUGUCCCCCUCUCGCGCACACGGAUUUCUACGCCAGCGCUGCAUCAGUUGUCGAAUCUUGACGGUCUUCCAAGUUCCAAAAGGGAAGAGGACACAUUUUUGGUUCCAAGAUUUGGAAUGAUCUUGGAUUGGAGUCUACUCUAUUUCAUUCCAAAAAUCAAAUAGAUUCCCAAAACUGAAAUGUUGACGAAAUCAGGAUUAGAUUAUUCUGGGAUCGACUUCCUAUGCCAAAUUAAAAAAAAAAAACCUCUGACUGUUCACCCUGUGCCAUUUGUGCGGGGAUGUAUCUCAGUGGGAGUGCUGUAAGCCCGCAGUGCUUCUCAAUCUCUUUCAUUGCCGUGGCACACCUGGGACUUGGGCACACUUGUGGCACUCUGUUGUGAGGCACAAUUGAAAUCGGCCCUUAUUGCCGGCUCUCAAUAAGUAAUCUUCAUGGGAUGUCUCCAGGAUGAAAUAAACAAAAGUCAUUUCAAUUAAAUGACGCAUCACACAUUUCUAUUGCAUAUUUAACAAUUGACGUGAUUGUUAAUUUUCCAUUAAGUGGAAUAUUGGUAGCAACAGCACUACUUACAGCUCUGCUUGCUUCUCAUUUUAACACCCGAAAUUGUUAACCAUUGUAUUCUUACAUAAGCUGCUGACGAUAGGAUCAAGAGUCCCUCAAAGCAUGAGAAUGGCUGCAACUAAAAUAUUUUUUUUACACCUUGUCACAAGAAGAGGUUGAGCUGCCAAACACCUUGUGAGAACAACCGUCAAUGUUGACAAUACCAACAACGCUUAGAUCUACUGCCGUGUGUACAUCGGCAUCUCGGCUGCAAACAACACGGCUGAUCGACUCAACGCUCACACAAUACCUAUGCUGUCGUCCGGAGUGAAACCUCAACCAUCUUGAGGUAUGCUAACAGUGGACCGUCUUCAAUGUGGCGCCAGCAUCGAUGUGGUGAAGUCGGGAAAGUGGCAUUGAUUUUCAGAGCAGAAGAGGCCGAUGUUGAGCGUAGCCCUCCACGUCUUACCUGGCCGCACAAGUCAACCUAACCGGCGCUUUGAGAAGCAGCAAACGCUGGACUCGACUGACACGACAAGAACGAACAGAGGUUGCGCGGACGUGGCUUGAGCCCUCCAAAGUUGAAAUGCCGAAAAUUAUUCCUUUUGAAUUAAAUGUAAUUUGGGCAACAAUGGAUGCUGACAAGCAGGGUUGGCCUCAACACAGGAUGUUUGGAGAGUUGAAGGACCGCAGCCCCAGGAUCAACUGGUGGAAUUGCCUCUUCUUCCGGAGGGACGCAUGAACAGGGCGGAGUGGCAGACUCCUUCAUAACCAUCUGCUGUUACCCUUGUGCUCCUCGCAGAGUCAACUAGCGACUAGGCUCGAAAAGUUAAACGUUAUACCCGUGUCCUCCAUGCAUCCACAUUGAUUGAGAAAAUGUUUGUGUGCAAAUAAACGGUUGUAAAUA